UUUGACUAUCCUCAACCUAUGAGACUCAAGAGAAGCAAUAACUUUUAUCAUCGGAUUUUUCAUAGUUCCCUCGAUAUCUAAAUUUGAAAAACGGGUGCUUAUAAGUCUUAUCCUGAAAUAAAUAUUUUAAAUAAUAUAAAAAGAUUAAGAAUUUAACUAAAAAUUUAACAAAAAUAAAUUCUAAAUUUAAGAACCACCUCAAGCUAGUCAGGAUACUUUUACUGUUUAGUUUUUGCUCAAUUCAAUUUGGUUUGGAUUCUAACUUCGGUUCAGUUGGACAAUAUGUAUAUGAGAUUUGGCAGUGACUUCUACUAUCUAAUAAAAAAUAAAAAAUAAAUUGGUCUUAUAAAAAACUUUGGACUUUCAAUACAAUGUGCAGGCUAAUUAGACGGCAAAUACAAUGGGAAACUACAAUGUGUUGGUACUGAGAAAUUUUCUUGACAGACACUAUCUUUCCAAUAAUAAUAUCAGUAUAUCCUAAUUAUUUUCCAUACUUUCAGUUGUUUAGCAGAAAAUAUUCUGCUUAUUAUUUGCAUUCGAGAUGCUGCAUUUUUUUUUUCUUUCUUUUUGGUUGGGUAACUACUGUCCUUAUGCUCUUUCUUGUGUUCAGUGAGAACUGUUCCUUGCAGGCCAAUGUUCAAUCUACCCUUUAGUUGUAUAUAUCCCUGAAUUGAACUGAAAUUCAAAGCAGACAAAACUAAUUAACAAAGAGGAGCAUGUUCAAUAACAGCUGGCCGACAAAGUUCAAUUGAAUAAGGUUAUAAAUACUUGCGCCUAAGAGCAUUGACAAGCAUAGAAAGACAGAAGCUAGAAGUAUAGGGUUUUAAUUUAUCUCCCAUAAUGGCCUCAAAAUUGUUAUCCGCAGUUAUUUUGUUUCUGCUAGUUGCAGUAGUUACAGCAAGUGAUCCAGAUAUCAUCACAGACUUCAUAAUCCCAGCAAACUCUACAGCUGCAGCAAUAGAUGGAAAUUUCUUCACCUUCACAGGUAUGCGCAGCAUAGUUGCUGGUGAUGACUACCCACCAAGCUUUAAGGUCACAAAAGCUAGCAUGGCAGAGUUUCCAGCUCUUAACGGCCAAAGUGUAUCUCUCGCAGUUCUUGAAUUCCCUGCAGGUUCUGUUAACCCGCCCCAUACUCACCCUCGUUCCGCAGAGCUCUUAUUUGUUGUAGCUGGAAGCCUUGAAGUUGGCUUUAUUGACACAACGAACAAACUUUACACUCAGACUCUCCAGCCUGGUGACAUCUUUGUGUUUCCUAAAGGAUUGGUGCAUUUCCAAUCCAAUUCUGAUCCUAAGGAACCUGCUGCAGCUGUAUCUGCCUUUGGUAGUGCCAAUGCAGGAACUGUUUCUGUCCCUUCAACUGUUUUUGCUACUGGGAUUGAUGAUGAUGUCCUUGCCAAGGCUUUCAAAACUGAUAUUGCUACUAUCCAGAAGAUCAAGUCUGGUCUUGCUCCCAAGGCUUAGAUUCAAAGUUUCAAUGUGUUCAACUCUGAAUAAAUUUAAUCACUUGCUAUGAUUCGAAUUCUCUUUAU